AUGAAGUUCUUCGCAACUCUUGCUCUCCUGGCCGCCACCGCCACCGCUGGCCCCGUCACCAAGACCUUCAGUCUGCAGACAACCGGUGCCUCCAACAGCAGUUUGAACGGCUUGUACCUCACCACCAAGUCUACCGGCCCUCUCAACAGUUUGGCGGUGUUCACCGGCGGCGCAAGCGACGCUGCCACAUUUUACCUUUCGAACGGCACGGUGCGGUACCAGGCGGAGAAUGGCGCACCGUGGGCCAUUGCACUCGUUUCCGAGGAUGAUCUCCCGUCUCUUAAAGAUCGCAAGGCGCCUGUCGAAGUGAGCGUGAGCCCCACAACCGGUAGCACCGGCUUCGGAUUUGCCAGUGAUGGCGACCUGGAGACCUCAAACAAGAACUGGGGUGGCUGGCUCGCUUGCACUGAUGACGCCCUUUACUAUGUCAACCUUGCUCAAACUGGCAGCUAUACCGGUUGCGACAAGGUCGAACUCCAGGCAUCUUCCUAG